AAAUAGUAUCCCAUUGAGGAUUGAAGCAUUUGGGUCACUAGCUUGACUAUUACAUUGGACUUGCACUGUUUUAGCAAAACUGAGUAGAGCUACAAAAUGCUGACAUCACCUCUCUUCAAACAAGCAUGCAUUAAUGCUGCAAAAAAUGUUUUAUUAUUUCAGGGAGCACUGAUUAUAAUUCCUCAAGACCACAUAUACAAUUAUGUGGAGAAAGCACAAAGGUUAACAGCAGUGGGGCUGGAAACCAUACUGGCCCCUGUGAAAUGGCGGAUACGAAGCAGCAAAUCAGCAAAGAGGCUGAACUGUUCCUGACUGGCUCCCUGAUGACCACAGUCAUCCCCAGCAUCUAUGUCCUGGUGUUCAUCGCCAGCGUCCCUCUCAAUGCCGCCGCCAUCUUCAUGUUCUCGUUCAGAGUACGACCCAAAAAGCCAGCAGUCAUCUACAUGCUCAAUCUGGCCACAGCCGACCUACUAUUUGUGCUGCUGCUCCCCUUCAAGGCGUCAUACCACUUCAACGGCACUGACUGGGUGUACGGAUCGGCCAUGUGCCGCGUGGUCACCUUCGCCUUCUACUGCAACAUGUAUGGCUCAGUCCUGCUGAUGAUGUGCAUCAGCGUGGAUCGCUUCCUGGCUGUGGUCUACCCCAUCAGAUCGCUGGCCUGGCGCUGCCAGCGGAACGCAGUGGCCGUGUGCUGUGCCAUGUGGCUGCUGGCUGUUGCCGGGGUGAUGCCCAUCGUCCUGCCAGAGCAGACCGCAUACCUGCCUGACCUGAACAUCACCACCUGCUAUGAUGUGAAGGAAGACAGUGAGAUGCAUGGCUACUACCUCUACUUCUUCCCCGCCUUCUCCUGUGUGUUCUUCUUCAUCCCCCUCAUCGUCACCACAGCCUGCUACGGGAGCAUCAUCCGGGUCCUGCUUCGCGCCAGUGAGUCAAAACGCUCCAAGAAGACCCGGGCCCUAGUCACGGCAAUCAUGGUGCUGACGGUCUUUGUGGUCUGCUUCACCCCAUCCAACAUCCUCCUGCUGGCUCAUUACGCAGAGUAUUCCAAGCAGCACAGCGACAGCUUAUAUACUGCUUACCUCGUCGCCACGAGCAUUGGGAGUGUGAACUGCUGCCUGGAUCCCGUCAUCUACUACUUCGGCUCGUCUCAGUACCGGAAGCAGGUGGCCCGGCUCCUCUGCCGUCAAGCACCUCCAGGGAGUUCAUCGCAGAAAACCUCCAAGACCAGCCAGUCGGGGACCUUCCAGGGCAGCCUGGAGAAGCGCUGACAUCACAAAAGACUAAUAUGAAAAGUGAUAAUAUGCACUUCUUUUAUUAAGAUAUUUCUGCACUUAUGCAUGCACAAUGCAUGUACUAAGAUUACUUAUGAUAUAGAUAAAUGCUAUGCUAAAAUGACUGUAUAUAGCAGAUUACUCCAGCCAUAAAAUGGGGUUUGCUCUGAAUUAGACCUGUUUUUGUCUUAUAUGCAUAUUGAAAACAAUGCACAUUGAAAACAUGCAUACUAAUACAUGUUAAUUUAAAUAAUUUGUAAUACAAAUACCUUGCAAUACCCAACUAUACAUUUACAAUACAAUUUUCUUUUAAAACUGUUGGCAUUGUGUUGCUAUAGAAAAUAGACUGAGACUCAGAGUGUCUGUGUAAGGACUGUGUAAGGUUUGUUCAGCUGUGAUCCACAGAUGCAGCUGAUAGCAGUGAGACAGCAUCUUAGUACAGUUGUAAGUAUUGCCAUAGGCUAGUGUAGCAGUUUAGUAUAAUUGGUAAGGAGCUGACCUUGUUACCCAAAAGUCACAGGUUUGAUUCCCAGGUAUGUCACUGCUGUUAUACCCUUGAGCAGGGUACUUAACCUGCAUUGCUUCAGUAAAUAUCCAGCUGUAUAAAUGGAUGCAAUGUAAACGCUAUGUAAAAGCUGUCAGUCACUCGAGAUGAGAGUGUCAGCUAAAUGCUUAUAAUGUAAGGUUAUGCCCAGUGCUGUGAAAAAGUAUGUAAAAAGUCUCCCCUUCCUGUUUUCCUCUAUUAUUGCAUAUUUGUCG